AUGGCAGCCACAUCAGACGAUAAACCAGCUGUCGCUAGUCUCUCGGAUACCGAGAGGGAACUCGACUCGGCCGCACUAGAUAAGUUUGCGGGCUUUGAGGAUCCGGAUGCUGGGUUGAGUGAGGAGGAGAAGGCCAAGAUUGACCGCAAGCUCCUCUGGAAGCUCGAUUUACGGCUUGUACCAUGGUUGAGUCUACUCUACCUCGUCUCCUUUCUCGAUCGUACAAAUAUCGGAAAUGCCAAAAUUGACGGCCUCUCAAAGGAUCUCGGGAUGACGGCCGAUCAAUACAAUGCGACAUUGACCAUUUUCUUCGUGUCAUAUUCCGUCUUUGAGCCGUUGACCAAUAUCCUACUCAAGCGACUGCGACCAAGUAUCUUCAUUCCAUCUAUCAUGCUUGCCUGGGGUAUUUGCAUGACCUGUAUGGGGCUUGUCAAGAACUACUCCGGCCUCAUGGCCGUUCGCUGGUUCCUCGGUCUCAGCGAAGCCGGUCUCUUCCCUGGAGUCGGCUACUUCCUCUCAUGCUGGUACAAGCGCUCCGAGUUCGGUGUGCGAAUGGCCAUCUUCUUCUCCGCUGCUGCACUGGCCGGAUCCUUCGGUGGCUUGCUUGCUGCCGCCAUUGCGAAGAUGGAUGGUGUUGGUGGUAAGCCCGGUUGGGCCUGGAUCUUCAUUUUAGAGGGUCUGGUCACUAUCGUGAUCGGGUUUAUUUCCUUUUGGUGUGUGUAUGAUUUCCCCGAUCAGGCAACGUUCUUGUCACCGGCGGACCGGACCCGAGUGUUGCGCCGGCUUGCGGCCGAUCAGCAGUCUAGCGCGGAACAUGAGGAGUUCAAGAUGUCGUAUUUCUGGGCCAGUGUCAAGGACUGGAAGACUUGGACUGGGGCUAUCAUUUAUAUGGGUGCUGAUGGAUCGCUUUAUGCAUUCUCGCUGUUUGUGCCGACAAUUAUCAAUGAACUAGUGAGUUACAGCUCAAUCCGCGCUCAGCUGCUUAGUGUGCCGCCAUAUGCUGCCGCUGCCAUCUUGACCAUUUCGAUUGGAUUUAUUGCGGAUCGCACACGCCAGCGUGGUAUCUGCAACAUCGCCGUCUCCCUCCUCGGCAUGGUCGGGUUUGGCAUGCUCUUGGGAUGCGAGUCUCCCGGCGCACGAUAUGCAGGCGUUUUCCUCGGCGCCAUGGGUAUUUAUCCAGCCAUUGCAAACACCAUCUCCUGGUCAAGUAACAACAUCGAAGGUGUCUACAAGCGUGGUGUCUCCCUGGGCUUUAUUAUCGGAUGGGGUAAUCUCAACGGAAUUGUCUCGUCCAAUAUCUACCGCGAGAAAGAUAAGCCCCGCUUCUAUCCUGGUCACGGAGUGGUGCUAGGCUACCUGGUCUUGUUCCUAUUCGGUGGCUCAAUCGUGCAGUAUAUGCUGCUGCGUCGGGAGAACAGCAAGCGCCGUCGCGGCGAACGUGAUCAAUGGAUUGAGGGUUUGGAUCGCAGUCAGAUCGAGUUGCUGGGUGAUAAACGCCCGGAUUUCCUGUACACCCUGUGA